AUGCGACAAAUUGAGAAAUUAUUCACGGAGAAUGAACCAGAUUCUGAUAUUAUUCUUGAAAAAGUUAUCCAGAUGGGAACUGAUUUUAUUGGUGGAGAAUGGAAAAAUGUUGAAAAAAGUCAAGUGAAUGUCAACAGGAUUAUUGAAGGCCAAUCAAAUUAUAUAUUUCAUGUGACGUCUUCUACUUCUUCUACUCCAUUUCUUCUCAGAGUUCAUCGUCAAAAAGACAGUCAUGUAUUCACAGACACAGUUAUUUUUUCAGUUUUCUCUGAACGUGGAAUCGGACCAAAACUGUAUGGAUUCUUCGAAGGAGGUAGAAUAGAAGAGUAUCUUCCAAGUAAAACAUUGGAUUCAGAGUCUGUUUUGAAACCAGAGUUCGUGUGA